AUGAGCGGUCAGGGGUCGAACUCGAAGCAAGCCGAAUUCUGCCUGCAGGAUCGCAAACAUGUGGUGUAUCAAGACCUCAUAGCACUCCUCACCUUGGCAUCGCAGGUUCAGCAGGAUCGCCUGACCGCGCAUGAGGCUCGGGCCCGCGAGCGCGCCCAGAAGCUCAAAGAGCAGGCAUCACUGUUGACGAAGUUAACGCGCGCAGUUUCGAAGUUGGCCGCCAGGAUAAAUCUCUGGGAAGAUAUGAUGAGGCCUUGGGUUGGAGCCAAGCCUUCUCGGUGA